AGAAAAAAGGGCACCUUCUGGUUGCCUGCGAUUGCGCUUCAGAUAUCGAUCUACACUGGAGCUCGCUGCUACUGGACACCGCGGACGUGAUACAACUAUCAAAUCCACCGCGGAUGGAUUGAUCUACGUUAAUCAGCAUACCAUUACUCAAUUCCACCCACGGGGCAUGGCUCCUAGCUAACGUUACCAAAUCAAACCCGGCGGUGACCCUGGCGGUGGAGUUCCCGGCGGCUAGUGAAGCCAUGAGCGAGGGGGAUUUCUUCGGGGGCCCAGCCAGCAAGCUGGAUUGGGAAUCCAUCAAGAGGAGUCGAGGCGUAUCCUCCGGCGAUCUCCAGAUCGGGAGACCUGCUGGAGGCGAAUGAAGUUGCGUGCAAAGGAGCUGAUGGACGGGAUCCCAGGUGAGAUUCGCUUCCAUCAGAAGGGGAGAGUGGCGGCCGAAAAAGGCAACAGCGACAAUCAGGAGGUACUGCCAUAUAUUAGGAGAUCUUCUCCAAAGGAAGUGCUCCCGUCCAGAGUAGGAUUUGUGGAUUUGAGUAUUAAUGUUUUGGAAAGAAAUGCUGCUGAUCAGAUUCCUAGAGAGAUUUUCUCGUUGAGAAUUAUAGAAAAGGAAGAGGGAAAUCAGGGGAGGGCUUUUAUCUGCACAUUUAGGGGGAAGAGAGAAAUUAGGGGGAUUUUAAGUAGGAAACUGCUCUUUCAAGACCCAUUAUUUUUCUUUAAAUGCACGAAUUUCGUCCCGUUUGUGGCGAGGAGACACUAUUAUAACACCGAGGGGGAUUGCUCGAGGUCCGCAGUUCAUCAUACAGGAAAAAAGCCUCUGUCUUCCUAUCGGGUUUUCUUGUCUAGACCUGCUAGUUUGGUGAAAAGGGGAGAGAUGGAGAGGAAAGGGGAGACGGAGGAGGUAGGAAAGAGCUCCGGAAGUGUGCCUGCCAUUAUGGAGAAGAAUCUUCCUGCUCCGGCCUCCUCGCCUGAGGGCGUGGGGAAGACAUCGCCGAGGCGGCCAUGUGGAGAUGGCUCCCCUCUGAUCAUCGACAUGGAGGCCGCGCGGAGAGCGGUCAGAGGAUGCUUGGUGGUAGGGCGAUUCCUCUCGCCUUUCCAAGUUAAUCCUCGGAUCCUCGUCGACGACCUUCGUUCAUCGUCGGCCUGGAGGUUGCAAGGCGGGGUCACUGUUCAGGAGGUGGCCAGCGCCGACGGGAGGUUCAUCCUCAACUUCUCCAACGACGUAGACAGACGUUUCGUGUUGAAGGCCCAGCCAUGGCACCACAACCGCGAUGGGAUCAUCUUCGCCGAGUUCGACGGCAAGGGCGACCCAGCGGGGGUGGACCUUGGAUCCAUGGCUAUAUGGACCCAGGUUCGUGACCUACCAUUUGAGCUUAAAACUGAGGAUGUGGGUCGGUCUCUGGGGGGCAACUCGGUGAAGUGAUCACCGUUUCACACCAGGAUCAUUUGAUUGUUGAGAAGUACUUGCGUGUGCGUGUGAAAAUCCCACUAUAUGAGCCAAUCAAGAGUAGGGUAGAAUUCACCCCUUUAGGUAGUAAAGAAAAGCAACAGUUUGAUGUUCGCUAUGAAAAAUUGUCAUCGUAUUGUGAAUGCUGUGGGCUGAUAGGACAUAUGUCAGAGAGGUUUUGUAGUAUCCCUAAGGAGAGUAGAAUAGCUAAAUUUGCAAAAAAUCUCAGUGUAGAGGCUUACUGGAAAGGUCAAACAGCUAGUAGAAGAGCUAUGUUUACUGGUUAUAGUAACAAUAGCAUUGUCCAGGGCCACCGAAGGAAUGGUGGUCAAAGUAACCAAAGCUGUAAAUGAUCUCACUGUGCAAGAAAAAGGGGCUGCGUCGUCCACGGCGACGACUAUCCUGAUGACUGGAGGUCAAGUCCAGGGAGGGCUUUCGCUCGGCCAGGAGGGCCGGGGUCAUACGCCCUCCCUGCCGGCUUCGCUCGGAGCGGCUUCAGACCAGGCGGUCCGGACUGGAGGGCCGCCCGUCCACGCUAGCCUUGGCCAGGAGGGCCAGGGUUUAGCGGUAAGGGGGGCUUCCAACAAGGGAGUGCAGCAGCUCGGCCAGGUGGGCCGACCCCCUGUUGCAUCUGCGAGCUUCUUGGGGGGGGGGGAGUGUCCCUGGUCAGGAGGACCGGGGGACAGCUCCAGUCCCUGUUCCCGCCACUAGCCAAGGCCAGGAGGGCCAAGGGCAGGUGGCGAUGACUGCUCACCCCACUGCUGUUGUGUCUGGCCAGGAGGGCCAGGAUGGGGUGAUGGUGGGGUUUGAAAACCCGUCAAUCGAGUCUGCUGCUGCUUUGGCUGGGUUCCAGCCGAGAGUUACUGGCUAGGAGGGUCAGGAGGUCAUGCAGCUGGGUAAUUCUGAACAUUUGCUCUUUAAACCCAGCGUGCUGGAGGCUCUUUCGGGAGCCGUUGCUGCAAGACUAGCUACUCAAAACGCAACUGAUAACCCAAUUUUCA